CGGCCCCGGCGGCCGGGCUGGCGUCUCCGCGGCGUCCCUCCGUUAGAGGAGGGGACCAAGCCAAUUCUCCUUUGCAGCAAAAAAUUACAUGUAUAUAUUAUUAAGAUAAUAUAUACAUCUGAUCUUAUUUUUUACAAAAAAGUUUAUUUUGGUCCAUUUUUGAAAAAGAAGGAGCGUGGGGGGCGAGCGGUUUUUACAAAUUAUUCUUAUUUUCUGCUAUCUGUCCCCGUCCCUCCCCACCCCCUGCUGAAGCCACAAUAAGGGCAGGGACCGCGGCUCCUACCUAUCGGUAACCCCCUUACCCGUUCCUCCCCCCGCCCCGACGCCUAGCACCGUGCCCUGCACACAGUAGGCGCUCAAUAAAUGUUCGUGGAUGAUGAUGAUGAUGAUGAUGAAAAACAUGCACCAUCAACGGCAGCAGCAAGCGGACCACGCGAACGAGGCAAACUAUGCAAGAGGCACCAGACUCCCUCUUUCUGGUGAAGGACCAACUUCUCAGCCGAAUAGCUCCAAGCAAACCGUCCUGUCUUGGCAAGCUGCUAUCGAUGCUGCUAGACAGGCCAAGGCUGCCCAAACUAUGAGCACCUCCGCACCCCCACCUGUAGGAUCUCUCUCCCAAAGAAAACGUCAGCAAUACGCCAAGAGCAAAAAACAGGGUAACUCGUCCAACAGCCGACCUGCCCGGGCCCUUUUCUGUUUAUCACUCAAUAACCCCAUCCGAAGAGCCUGCAUUAGUAUAGUGGAAUGGAAACCAUUUGACAUAUUUAUAUUAUUGGCUAUUUUUGCCAAUUGUGUGGCCUUAGCUAUUUACAUCCCAUUCCCUGAAGAUGAUUCUAAUUCAACAAAUCAUAACUUGGAAAAAGUAGAAUAUGCCUUCCUGAUUAUUUUUACAGUCGAGACAUUUUUGAAGAUUAUAGCAUAUGGAUUAUUGCUACAUCCUAAUGCUUAUGUUAGGAAUGGAUGGAAUUUACUGGAUUUUGUUAUAGUAAUAGUAGGAUUGUUUAGUGUAAUUCUGGAACAAUUAACCAAAGAAACAGAAGGCGGUAACCACUCCAGUGGCAAGUCAGGAGGCUUCGAUGUCAAAGCCCUCCGAGCCUUUCGAGUGUUACGACCACUUCGACUAGUGUCAGGAGUACCCAGUUUACAAGUUGUCCUGAACUCCAUUAUAAAAGCCAUGGUUCCCCUCCUUCACAUAGCCCUUUUGGUAUUAUUUGUAAUCAUAAUCUAUGCUAUUAUCGGAUUGGAACUUUUUAUUGGAAAAAUGCACAAAACAUGCUUUUUUGCUGACUCAGAUAUGAUAGCCGAAGAGGACCCAGCGCCGUGUGCGUUCUCAGGGAAUGGACGCCAGUGUGCCGCCAACGGCACGGAGUGUAGGAGUGGCUGGGUUGGCCCAAAUGGGGGCAUCACCAACUUUGAUAACUUUGCCUUUGCCAUGCUCACCGUGUUUCAGUGCAUCACCAUGGAGGGCUGGACAGACGUGCUCUACUGGGUAAAUGAUGCGAUAGGAUGGGAAUGGCCAUGGGUGUAUUUUGUUAGUCUGAUCAUCCUUGGCUCAUUUUUCGUCCUUAACCUGGUUCUUGGUGUCCUUAGAGUCACAGUGGCUGACCUGCUAAAAGAGGAUAAGAAGAAAAGGAAGUUUUGCGGCUUUCGUCAACGCAGGGCUAAAGAUCACGCCAGCAUGCCGACCAGCGAGACGGAGUCUGUGAACACGGAGAAUGUAAGUGGCGGAGGCGAGAACCAAGGCGGCUGUGGGAGUCUCUGGUGCUGGUGGAAAAGAAGAGGCACGGCCAAGGCUGGGCCCUCUGGGUGCCGGCGGUGGGGCCAGGCCAUCUCAAAAUCCAAGCUCAGCCGCCGCUGGCGUCGCUGGAACCGAUUCAAUCGCAGAAGAUGUAGGGCUGCCGUGAAGUCUGUCACGUUUUACUGGCUGGUUAUUGUCCUGGUGUUUCUCAACACCUUAACCAUUUCCUCCGAGCACUACAACCAGCCUGAUUGGUUGACGCAGAUUCAAGAUAUCGCUAACAAAGUCCUCCUGGCUCUGUUCACCUGUGAGAUGCUGGUAAAAAUGUACAGCUUGGGUCUCCAGGCGUAUUUCGUCUCUCUUUUUAAUCGGUUUGACUGUUUCGUGGUGUGCGGUGGAAUUACUGAGACCAUCUUGGUGGAGCUGGAAAUCAUGUCUCCCCUGGGAAUCUCUGUGUUUCGGUGUGUGCGUCUCUUAAGGAUUUUCAAGGUGACCAGGCACUGGACUUCCCUGAGCAACUUAGUGGCCUCCUUGUUAAACUCCAUGAAGUCCAUCGCUUCGCUAUUGCUUCUGCUUUUUCUCUUCAUCAUCAUCUUUUCCUUGCUUGGGAUGCAGCUGUUUGGUGGCAAGUUUAAUUUUGACGAAACACAGACCAAGCGGAGCACCUUUGACAAUUUCCCUCAAGCCCUUCUGACGGUGUUCCAGAUUCUGACAGGUGAAGACUGGAACGCUGUGAUGUAUGAUGGCAUCAUGGCCUAUGGCGGCCCGUCAUCCUCGGGAAUGAUCGUCUGCAUCUACUUCAUCAUCCUCUUCAUUUGUGGUAACUAUAUCCUACUGAAUGUCUUCUUGGCCAUCGCUGUAGACAAUCUGGCUGAUGCUGAAAGUUUGAAUACUGCCCAGAAAGAGGAAGCUGAAGAGAAGGAAAGGAAAAAGAUUGCCAGAAAAGAAAGCCUGGAGAAUAAAAAGAACAACAAACCAGAGGUCAACCAGAUAGCCAACAGUGACAAUAAGGUUACAGUUGAUGACUAUCGAGAAGAGGAUGAAGACAAGGACCCCUACCCACCUUGCGAUGUGCCAGUAGGGGAAGAGGAAGAGGAGGAGGAGGAGGAUGAACCUGAGGUUCCAGCUGGUCCCCGUCCUCGUAGAAUCUCGGAGUUGAACAUGAAGGAGAAAAUCGCCCCCAUCCCUGAAGGGAGCGCAUUCUUCAUUCUGAGCAAGACCAACCCGAUCCGCGUGGGCUGCCAUAAGCUCAUCAACCACCACAUCUUCACCAACCUCAUCCUCGUCUUCAUCAUGCUGAGCAGCGCCGCCCUCGCCGCCGAGGAUCCCAUCCGCAGCCACUCCUUCCGGAACACUAUACUGGGUUACUUUGACUAUGCAUUCACAGCCAUCUUUACAGUUGAAAUCCUGUUAAAGAUGGCAACGUUCGGAGCUUUCCUCCACAAAGGGGCUUUCUGCAGGAACUACUUCAAUCUGCUGGAUAUGCUGGUCGUCGGGGUAUCCCUGGUUUCAUUCGGGAUCCAGUCCAGUGCCAUCUCUGUUGUGAAAAUUCUGAGGGUUUUAAGAGUCCUGAGGCCACUCAGGGCAAUCAACAGAGCGAAAGGACUUAAGCACGUGGUCCAGUGUGUCUUCGUGGCCAUCCGGACCAUUGGCAAUAUCAUGAUCGUCACCACCCUUCUCCAGUUCAUGUUCGCCUGCAUCGGGGUCCAGUUGUUCAAGGGAAAGUUCUAUCGCUGCACGGACGAGGCCAAAAGUAACCCUGAAGAGUGCAGGGGGCUUUUCAUCCUCUACAAGGAUGGGGAUGUUGACAACCCUGUGGUCCGUGAGAGGAUCUGGCAAAAUAGUGAUUUCAACUUUGACAACGUCCUUUCUGCUAUGAUGGCGCUGUUUACGGUCUCCACAUUCGAGGGCUGGCCGGCGUUGCUGUAUAAAGCCAUCGACUCAAAUGGCGAGAAUGUCGGCCCCAUCUACAACUACCGCGUGGAGAUCUCCAUCUUCUUCAUCAUCUACAUCAUCAUCGUGGCUUUCUUCAUGAUGAACAUCUUUGUGGGCUUCGUCAUCGUCACAUUUCAGGAGCAGGGAGAGAAAGAGUAUAAGAACUGUGAGCUGGACAAAAAUCAGCGUCAGUGUGUCGAAUACGCCUUGAAAGCACGUCCCUUGCGGAGAUACAUCCCCAAAAACCCCUACCAGUACAAGUUCUGGUACGUGGUGAACUCCUCGCCUUUCGAAUACAUGAUGUUUGUCCUCAUCAUGCUCAACACACUCUGCUUGGCCAUGCAGCACCACGAGCAGUCCAAGAUAUUUAAUGAUGCCAUGGACAUUCUGAACAUGGUCUUCACUGGGGUGUUCACCGUCGAGAUGGUUUUGAAAGUCAUCGCAUUUAAACCUAAGGGGUAUUUUAGUGACGCCUGGAACACGUUUGACUCCCUCAUCGUAAUCGGCAGCAUUAUAGACGUGGCCCUCAGCGAAGCCGACCCAACUGAAAGUGACAAUGUCCCUGUCCCAACCGCUACACCCGGGAACUCUGAAGAGAGCAAUAGAAUCUCCAUCACCUUUUUCCGUCUUUUCCGAGUGAUGCGGUUGGUGAAGCUUCUCAGCAGGGGGGAAGGCAUCCGGACGCUGCUGUGGACUUUUAUAAAGUCCUUUCAGGCACUGCCCUAUGUCGCCCUCCUCAUAGCCAUGCUGUUCUUCAUCUACGCGGUUAUUGGCAUGCAGAUGUUUGGGAAGGUUGCUAUGAGAGAUAACAACCAGAUCAACAGGAACAACAAUUUCCAGACCUUUCCCCAGGCGGUGCUGCUGCUCUUCAGGUGUGCCACGGGGGAAGCCUGGCAGGAGAUCAUGCUGGCCUGCCUGCCGGGGAAGCUCUGUGACCCCGAGUCUGACUACAGCCCCGGGGAGGAGUACACGUGUGGCAGCAACUUCGCCAUUGUUUAUUUCAUCAGUUUUUACAUGCUCUGCGCAUUUCUGAUCAUCAACCUGUUUGUGGCUGUCAUCAUGGACAACUUUGAUUAUUUGACCCGGGACUGGUCUAUUCUGGGGCCUCAUCAUUUAGAUGAAUUCAAAAGAAUAUGGUCAGAAUACGACCCUGAGGCAAAGGGAAGGAUCAAGCACCUUGAUGUGGUCACUCUGCUCCGCCGUAUCCAGCCUCCCCUGGGGUUUGGGAAGUUAUGCCCACACAGAGUAGCCUGUAAGAGACUUGUUGCCAUGAACAUGCCUCUCAACAGUGAUGGCACAGUCAUGUUUAACGCAACCCUGUUUGCUUUGGUUCGAACAGCUCUUAAAAUCAAGACGGAAGGGAACCUGGAACAAGCUAAUGAAGAACUCCGAGCUGUGAUCAAGAAAAUCUGGAAGAAAACCAGCAUGAAACUGCUUGACCAAGUUGUCCCUCCAGCUGGUGAUGAUGAGGUAACCGUGGGGAAGUUCUAUGCCACUUUCCUGAUACAGGACUACUUUAGGAAAUUCAAGAAACGGAAAGAACAAGGCCUGGUGGGAAAAUAUCCUGCGAAGAACACCACCAUUGCCCUACAGGCAGGAUUAAGGACACUGCAUGACAUUGGGCCAGAAAUCCGGCGUGCUAUAUCAUGUGAUUUGCAAGAUGACGAGCCGGAGGAAACAAAGCGAGAAGAAGAAGAAGAUGUAUUCAAAAGAAAUGGUGCCCUGCUUGGAAACCAUGUCAAUCAUGUUAAUAGUGAUAGGAGAGAUUCCCUUCAGCAGACCAAUACCACCCACCGUCCCCUGCAUGUCCAAAGGCCUUCAAUUCCACCUGCAAGUGAUACUGAGAAACCGCUGUUUCCUCCAGCAGGAAAUUCGGUGUGUCAUAACCAUCAUAACCAUAAUUCCAUAGGAAAGCAAGCUCCCAGCUCAACAAAUGCCAAUCUCAAUAAUGCCAAUAUGUCCAAAGCUGCCCCUGGAAAGCGGCCCAGCAUUGGGAACCUUGAGCAUAUGUCUGAAAAUGGACAUCACUCCUCCCACAAGCGUGACCGUGAGCCUCAAAGAAGGUCCAGUAUUAAAAGAACCCGCUAUUAUGAAACUUACAUUAGGUCUGACUCAGGAGAUGAACAGUUCCCAACUAUUUGCCGGGAAGAUCCAGAGAUACACGGCUACUUCAGGGACCCCCGCUGCUUGGAGGAGCAGGAGUACUUCAGUGGUGAGGAGGGCUAUGAGGACCCCGGCUCGCCCGCCGGGAGCAGGCAGAACUUCAGCUACUACAGCAGAUACCCAGGCAGCAACUGGGACUUGGAGCCACCUCGAGGCUAUUGUCACCCCCAAGGCUUCUUGGAGGAUGAUGACUCCCCUGUUUGCUAUGACUCCCGGAGAUCUCCAAGGAGACGCCUACUACCUCCCACUCCAACAUCCCGCCGGAGAUCCUCCUUCAACUUCGAGUGUCUGCGCCGGCAGAGCAGCCAGGAGGAGGCCCCGCCGCCCCCCGCCUUCCCCCACCGCACAGCCCUGCCCCUGCACCUGAUGCAGCAGCAGAUCAUGGCAGUUGCAGGCCUGGAUUCCAGUAAAGCCCAGAAGUACUCGCCGAGCCACUCAACCCGGUCGUGGGCCACCCCUCCAGCAACUCCUCCGUUCCGGGACUGGACGCCGUGCUAUGCACCCCUGAUCCAGGUGGAGCGCCCGGAGGCCCUGGACCAGGUCAACGGCAGCCUGCCGUCCCUGCACCGAAGCUCGUGGUACACGGACGAGCCGGGCAUCUGGUACCGAACUUUCACACCAGCCAGCCUGACGGUUCCCAGCAGCUUCCGCAACAAAAACAGUGACAAGCAGAGGAGCGCAGACAGCUUGGUGGAAGCAGUCCUGAUAUCUGAAGGUUUAGGACGGUAUGCAAGGGACCCAAAAUUUGUAUCGGCCACAAAACAUGAAAUCGCUGAUGCCUGUGACCUAACCAUCGAUGAGAUGGAGAGUGCAGCCAGCAACCUGCUCAAUGGGACUGUACAUCCCCGAGCCAACGGGGGCGUGGGCCCCGUCUCCCAUCGACAGGACUAUGAGCUCCAGGACUUCGGGCCAGGCUACAGCGAUGAGGAGCCCGACCCCGGAAGGGAUGAGGAGGACCUGGCUGAUGAAAUGAUAUGCAUCACCACCCUGUAGCCCCCAGGGAGGGGCAGACUGGCUCUGGCCUCAGGCGGGGCACUCGAGGGCCAGGGAAAAAGUGCCUCGUAGUUAGGAAAGUUUAGGCACUAGUGUGGAGUCCAUAUUCAAUUAGACUUUCGUACAAGUGAUGUCAUGCCUCAAGGAAGCCAUAACCCUGGUAGGGGACAGCCGUAUGCACGUGUCCAGCCCUCUUGGGGAGGACCAGCGAGGAGGUCGGACAAGCCCAGCCCACUUGUCCAGAGUGCUCCCGGGGCACUCACCCACGCCCACCCACCUGCUGGCACGGUGGGGAAGGUCAAAGGUGAUGACGAUCACCAUAGCUGUGUCAUUACCUCAGCCAUCAGUCUAGCAUAUCAUUCACUGGGCCCAGCAUAUCCAUUUUUAAACCCCUUCCCCCCCCCACCCCCCCCAGUACGCUGCAUCCUGGUUCCUGUUUAGUGUUCUGAAAUGCAGUGUGUCAAUCAGGACCCACCUACCAGCCGUCAUCCUGAGAGGGGAGGACCUUAUCCACGAGGUUUUGUUACGUGACCCCAGUUUACGAGAGAGAGCGCGUCACUCAGUCAGUUUCUGACUGUCAGGUUAAGGGCAACUGUAAACUGGAAUAAUCAUGCACUCGCAACCAGGUAAACUUAGAUACGCUAGUUUGUUUAAAAAUUAUAGAUUUACUGUACAUGACUUGUAAUAUACUAUAAUUUGUAUUUGUAAAGAGAUGGUCUAUAUUUUGUAAUUAUUGUACCGUAUUUGAACUGCAGCAAUAUCUAUGGGUCCUAACAAUGGUAGAUCCCCAUCAAAAAUCUAGAAAUUAUUAGCAUUUUUACUCGGGCUGUACAGAAGUAGAAGAAAUAGAGCCAAUUCACCUUUA